AUUCCCCGUUUUGACAGGACAGAAUGCCUGUCCUGUACCGGAAGAAGGGCAUGUGCUCUGACAUGCAAGUUGUGGAAAGAGGAACUUCGUACUCUCUCUGCCUCUGAAAUGUUUUUCGAGGCAUAUUUAAGCGUAGUUGAAGUGCGGUGACCCUGGUGAAGGUCAUUUGCUCUGACCAGCUUGCCAGGAUGCGUUUAUUUCUCAGUUUGAUAGUUGUUUCGGCGUUGCAGAAAUGGACCCAGGCGCAAAUACCCAGGAAAGCGGUGGCAUCGGUGGCCGAAGGUGACGCUCAUCUGUUCUCCGGUGGUUCGCUACUACUGACCUGUGACGUGCCAGAGGACCCAUCACCACUUUGGACGUUCGAAUGGUUCUUUAACGGCAAACCACUGGCUUCGGGCAUGUCGUAUCAGAUUUGGAAAGCCCGAGUACUUCAAAGUGGUAACUACACCUGUAUGGCUGUCAGGGAGACAGAGUUGAACCCGACGGGGAUCCUUGAGACGCAGCUCAGCGCCCCAUUACGCGUAGACAUUGACGGUGGGUGGAUUAUCCUGGAAGCACCCAGCAAACCAAUGAUCAUGGAGGAGACGAUGUCCCUGACGUGCCGCAUUCGAGGACAUCGUCGACCUGAAGUCAUUUUCUACCUGAAUGGCAGAGAGAUUUGGAGACAGAGGAACAGGACGCUGACUUUGCACCACCUCACUUUAGAGCAUGGAGGGCAAUACUCCUGCAGGGCCACGUGGGAAGUGCAGGGAUUGUACCAUUCGGCCGAGUCCACCGGUGUAGCAGUGACUGUCCUAGAAAUACUGACCACACCACAGCUGCUUGCGAGCAUAAUUCAAGGAAGGCAGAAGAAAAGGGACUUGAAGCUGACCUGUGUAACAGAGGUCAACACCAGAGCGUCUGCGGCCGUUCUUAUCCACUACUACUUCCUGAAGAACGACAUGCCACUGGGCCCAGCCACGUCGUACGGCACCAUCAUCAUCCCAGACGUGAGCGCCGAGGAUAGUGGCCAGUACAGCUGCAGGGUCUCUGUGCCCAUGCUGCGCAGAAUGAGUUGGAGCACCAAGGAGCAGGUGGACAUCCCAAGAAGCCGCUAAACAUGGAGGAGAGUACAGCACAUUACCGCUAAACAUGGAGGACAUUACAGCACAUUACCGCUAAACAUGGAGGACAUUACAGCACAUUACCGCUAAACAUGGAGGACAUUACAGCACAUUACAGUUCAAUUGAUUCAUUUAGUAGACAGUUUUAUCAAAAGUAGCUUUUAGUAGAAUGUAGAUUCAUGUUUUCAUCUCAUUUCAUGUGUGUGUGUGUGUGUGUGUGUGUGUGUGCGCACUUGUGUGUGUGCGUGUGUGUGUGUGUGUGUGUGUGUGCAUGCUCGCUCGCUCGCUCUGAGAGUAUCAAACCCAUGAGUGUGGUGGUGUUGUUAGUGUGGCUCCGCAGGUUCAGCUACAUGGUAGUGUAGUGGGUACGGAGCCCAAGGGUUUACAUGCAGUAGCCUGAACAGUGUUUCCCACAGAAUUGAAUUACAUUUGUGGUGGUUGGUUUGCAGAAUUAACUUGAAUGCAACAGUUUUUAACAAAUUGGCACAGCGUGGUUAUGAUGCUAUCCAGAUUUAAGCACAAUGUAGUACAACCUGGAAAAUCAUUGUGUGGUGGUCAAUGUUGAUAUCGUGGUGGGCUGCCACAAAUAAGUCAAUGUAACCUAUGGGAAACACUGCUGAAACCAGGCAAGUUGAGCUCUUAAGGCACUUAACCCGGAGUUGCUCCAGGGAGUCUGGCUCUGCAAUGAAUUGGCAUGGAAGUGGCUUUGGAUAAAAGCAUCAGCCAAUUGAGUGAAGGUAACGUCAUCUCUGCAGCGCACGGUGUGGCAUGUGGUAGCACCAUGUAACCAUCUCUGCAGCGCACGGUGUGGCAUGUGGUACCACCAUGUAACCAUCUCUGCAGCGCACGGUGUGGCAUGUGGUACCACCAUGUCACCAUUUCUGCCAUCUCAAAGCUGUUCCACAAAUGCAGGUUGUAAGUUAAGAGGUCAUAACUGUGUUUUGUAUUUUUUGAGUAUUCACAUGUUCUUUGUUGUCAUAUUUGUCACACAUUUUAAACAUCAAGUUAUGAGUGAAUAUUUAUUGAUGGAAACGGUUAGUAAAUGUAUAAAAAAGACCCUAACUGUUGAGGAAUGUGGAAAUCAUAAGGGAAUAAAGAGUUUCAUGUAUAUUUUUUAGGGAUACUUGGAUCUUUGGUCACCACAUGGCUAUGGAUUAGUACAAAUGUACGGUUUGGUAAUUGAAAUUGUCUGUUAGUUUUUUUUUUUUUAGUGUGGAACAAAAUUAAGGUUAGGAACAUGUUCCCUAUUUGGUAGUUAAGUCCGACGUCACGGGUCCAACAGCUCUUUCAUCCAAAAACGUUUACAAGCACAGCUAGCCGCUUUUCUUAAAGGCUACUCUGAAUAGCGGAAACAAAUAGUUUAUUUUACGGCCUAUGGAACUAUACUGUAACUUAACUGUGACCUAUGUGGUCUACUAAGGAACUAUACUGUAACUUAACUGUGGAAAGCCUUCUCAGGGAUCAGUUGGACCCGGAAAAAUAAUUAACUGCAUCACAAAUUAUCAAGCGGAUUUCGUUGCAUUCCUUAUUCCUUGGCUGCUUAUGAAGCAAGAGUCUGGACUGUUAUAUUCACUGCUUUUUAUUUCAGAAGUGAACAGAAGUGAAGGCUUUUGUGUCCAUAGUACAGAAAUCCUGUUUGUUUUGACAAAGUUUUGAAGUUUAUCAGGGUGUAUGUUAUUUCUGUGGUUGAAAACAUAGGGGAAACUCUACAGGUCUAGUCUACUAUACAUCACUUUCUUCUUUAACUUAAUGAGGCAUCACAUUGCUAUAACAUCACAGGCAAGAGACUCAAUGCAUGAUUAUCAUUACACACAGAAAUCCAUAUUAUACAGGAUACUUUGAACAACACAGGCUACUGAAUAAAGGAUGCCUGCCAACUA